GGGAACAGAAUCCAAUCCGGUUUGAGCUAGUUUUUGUUUCGAUGGAACAUUAACGUUUUGCUAUACUGUGAUAGAAGGUACUGUUUGAAUCUUUUAGUGAACAUAAGUACAGUAUUUUUCGGCGUGUCUGGUCGGAAACAGUUUGCUGUAUUUUCCGUUUUAAAAUACAAGAUAACAGCCAUGCCUAAAAGAAGCAAAGCCAACAAUAACACUGAAGCAAAUGAGCCCAAACGGAGAUCUCUGAGGUUGGUAAACAAACCCAAUUCCACCCAAACAGAGCCCAAGCCAAAGAAGGCACCGGCAAAACCCAAGAAGUCGAAGGAGGUGGAAAAGGCUAAACCAGAGGAGGAGCAGAAGAAAGAAGAAGUCCCUGCCGAGAACGGCGAAGCCAAACUUGAAGAGGAGGCUGAAGAAGAGGCACCAGCAACAGAAGAGGAGCCUGAACAGAAAGAUGAGGAAGCCGAAUAACAUCAUUUCCACAUCCUUUUACCAGUGCUCCCUGUACCUCUUUUUCUUGUACAAUUCAGGGGAAUAUUUUUAUCUACUAUUUUCUAAAUGCAGGUUUUUUAGUAGUAUGAAUGUAGAAACACAUUUUUUAAAGGAAAAAUAUGUUUGGAGAGGGAUUCCACCACAUCCCACAUUUUUACAUCUCUGGAAAAAAAUAUGCUCAUUGUAAAUGUCAGCGGUUUUUAUUUUCAAAGGGGGGGGGGGGGGGGGAGUGGAGCAGGUUGCAACAUUGAAAACAUGCAAGGUGUCAUUUUCAGGAAUUGAUUGUACAAUGAAAGCUUGCCUGAGAGGAGAGUAACAUUCCAUAGGCUAUAUGAGGGACAGUAUAUGUAACCUGUAUUGUAUGAGGGUUGGGAUGAAUUAUUCAAGGGGUUAUACAUUGUUUAUAAUGGGGAUGGGAGGGAGUUUUAGAAUGUUUUUAAGCUGUGUUACAUAAAUGUUAACUCUUGUAUUCAUGCAGAUUUCUGUUUAAUAAACCUGUUCCCUAGUACUGAAGUUUUCCCUGUCAGGCUUGUGCAUUGUGUGUAUUGCUUUUGUCUCUGUUUGGUGAUAGCAUUUGCAAUAACCUUGUAUUCCUGCUGUGAAAGGGUUUUCAAAUUUUCUAUUUACAGUGUGUAAUGGUACAUUUGUGGGGAUGGUAAAAUGGAAUAUAUGAUUUUAGCAAAGCUAAUGACAUGCAUAACAGUGUUUAACAUACCGGUGAUAACUAUUCUCUGUAAGGACAUUGACAAGCAAAUGACUGUACCUUAACUUGAACUGUCAAGUGAACAUACCAGCAGUAGCAAUAUUCACAUGUGGGUUUAGGUAAGCAGUACAAAUGUAAAGUUUUUUUCUUUUCUUUGUUUAUAGCUGUAUAUGUGUACUGAUUCGUAUAAACAAACCAAUAAAAACUUGGUUGUA